CCCAAUCACAAAGCAUGGCCAUGGAUGACCGCCACCAUCACCUCUCACCAUCACCAUCAACGUCACAUUGCCACCCAACGAAUCGAUGAAAACCAACACUUAUUUGCGCCGGCCAUCUUUUUGGGGAAUCGAUCGAAGCAGCGAGCCUCCGAUGGCGUGUCCAUGACUGGAUUCCCUCUUUUCAUUCCCCGCAUCUCUCGUCGUCGUCAGAUCUCCCUUUCCCCACUCAUCCCGAGCUCGAUCCCCUUUUGCUCUUCCUCAUUUCCGCCGAAUCACGAACCCUAGUUCAGAUCCUCGACUUCGACGCAGGCCUAUUCAAGCUUCUGCAGAUUCAGCUCGGUGCUCGGCUUUCUUGUGUUUGAUUUCGCUACCGAGUCAAAAUGGAGGGAUCCGGUAGAGGUGGCAGUGCUGAUGUGGUAUUGCAAAAUUAUAAACUUGGAAAGACUCUUGGCAUUGGAUCAUUUGGCAAAGUUAAGAUUGCAGAGCAUUUGUUGACAGGGCACAAAGUUGCUAUCAAGAUUCUUAAUCGUCGUAAAAUAAAGAGCAUGGAAAUGGAAGAAAAAGUGAGAAGAGAGAUCAAAAUACUAAGACUAUUCAUGCAUCCUCAUAUUAUCCGUCUUUAUGAGGUGAUUGAGACGCCAUCAGAUAUUUAUGUUGUUAUGGAGUAUGUUAAAUCAGGAGAGCUAUUUGAUUAUAUUGUUGAAAAGGGUAGGCUACUGGAGGAUGAAGCUCGUCGCUUCUUCCAACAGAUCAUAUCUGGAGUUGAAUAUUGCCAUAGAAACAUGGUUGUUCAUCGGGACUUGAAACCAGAGAAUUUAUUGUUGGAUUCAAAGUGUAAUGUUAAAAUUGCUGACUUUGGCUUAAGUAAUGUCAUGCGUGAUGGCCAUUUUCUGAAGACUAGCUGUGGAAGCCCAAAUUAUGCUGCUCCUGAGGUAAUUUCUGGAAAACUUUAUGCAGGGCCUGAGGUAGAUGUGUGGAGUUGCGGUGUCAUUCUUUAUGCUCUUCUUUGUGGGACCCUUCCCUUUGAUGAUGAGAACAUACCAAAUUUAUUUAAGAAAAUAAAGGGUGGGAUAUAUACCCUUCCUAGUCACUUGUCUGCGCUUGCACGGGAUUUGAUUCCUAGGAUGCUGGUUGUUGAUCCUAUGAAGAGAAUAACGAUUCGAGAGAUCCGUGAACAUGCAUGGUUCAAAACUCGCCUUCCACGUUAUCUUGCUGUUCCUCCACCAGAUACUUCACAGCAAGCUAAAAAGAUAGAUGAAGACAUCAUUGAAGAGGUGACUAAAAUGGGUUUUGACAAGAACCAGUUGGUUGAAUCUCUUCAUAACAGGAUUCAGAACGAGGCCACUGUUUCAUACUACUUGCUUCUGGGCAACCGGUUCCGAGCUACUAGUGGCUACCUUGGUGGUGAUUUUCAAGAAACUAUGGAUUAUAAUUUGUUGAAUAGGAGUUUAAGUGACGUUCCAGCUCCACAUCGCCUACCGGGUUAUAUGGAGCAACAAGGAGUCAGUUCAAGAGCACACUUCCCUUCCGAAAGGAAAUGGGCUCUUGGCCUCCAGUCUCGAGCUCAUCCUCGCGAAAUCAUGACUGAGGUCCUUAAAGCUCUACAAGAGCUAAAUGUUUGCUGGAAAAAGAUUGGACACUACAAUAUGAAGUGCCGUUACUUUCCUGGCUUUCCUGACACCGAAGGCAUGCUUAGCAACUCUCUUCAGUCUAACCAUGGCUUCAGAGAUGAGCCGACCAUUGUUGAAACUAAUGGCGCUGGAAAAGAAUCCAUCAUAGUGAAAUUUGAAAUUCAGCUUUACAAGACGAGGGAAGAGAAGUAUCUCCUCGACUUGCAGAGGGUCAGUGGUCCACAACUUCUGUUUCUAGACUUGUGUGCUGCCUUCCUUGCCCAGCUCAGAGUCCUAUGAUGCCUCCUUGCUCGAGUUCACUUAUUCGUGUUAUCGUGAAUAUAGACUUACUCCGUAGCGAAUUGAAACACCUUGUAUGAUGGAUUGUUGUAAACUUGGGAGGUCUUUGAGGGGCUCAGUGAGCUGCUAAAGCACCGAGCUUUCUUCAGCAAAUUGUUGCUUUUUUUGGGUGGCA